GGCAAACAAACUCUGUGCUGCGUGUGUUGAAGUUCUAGGAUGCAGAACACACUGGGUUGGUUGUUUGUCUGCAUCUCUCUCUGUUCCGGUUUUGAUUGGCCGGACAAUGUGACCCAACACACUGGCUACAUUACUGUUAAUGAAACUCAUGGUGGAAAUCUGUUUUAUUGGCUGAUCGGAAGUCGUGGAGAUCCUCAAAAGGAUCCUCUGGUUGUAUGGUUGACUGGAGGCCCCGGAUGUUCUAGCAUAUUGGCCUUGUUCAGUGAGAAUGGACCUUUCCUAAUCAAUAACAAAACCAAGGAACCAGUGUAUAACCCUUAUGGUUGGAAUUCUCAUGCUAAUCUUCUCUACAUCGACCAACCUGUUGGAUCUGGAUUCUCAUAUGUCACUCAUCCACAUCUCUAUGUUUUCAAUGAGAAAGAGGUUGCAUCUGAUCUGCUGACGUUCAUGAAUUUAUUUUACGAGAAAUUUCCCGAAUACAACCAACGUGAUUUGUACAUCUUUGGAGAGAGUUAUGCUGGACAUUAUAUACCUGCAACAUCAGCGUUGAUACUCAAGAGCAACUCAAUUGCAGCUCGAAACCUUAAAGGAAUUGGUAUUGGUGAUGGUUUCGUUGAUCCUGCUGUACAGUAUCAUGCAUAUGGAGAGUUCAUGUACAGUCAGAACCUUAUUUCAGAAGCUACAUAUAAAACUGCAAAUUUGACAUCUGAUAUUUGUACAGGUCUUAUUGAUACAAAGGUGUGGAUUCUGGCUGUGGAUGAAUGUCAAAUUGUAAUGGAAGGAGUGCUUGAAGCAGCUGAGGUUAAGCUGAAACGAAGCAUCAAUCCUUAUGAUAUUCGCAUACCAUGUGGAGACUCCCUUCUUUGUUACAACUUUGAUGAUGUCACAACGUUUCUAAAUCGAGAAGACGUGCAGAAAGCUAUCGGUGUCAAUCGAACGUGGCAGAGUUGCAACAUGGAAGUUCACUUGUUUAUGCUGGGUGACUGGAUUGCUUCAUUUCAAGGUGAUGUUGCUGAUACUCUGUCUGCUGGAGUUCGAGUCUUAGUGUACAAUGGUAAAUAUGAUUACAUCUGCAACUACAUCGGUGGCCAUGAAUGGACAUCCAGAAUGAGAUGGCACGGACAAACCGACUUUAACAAGGCUAAUACAACAGUUUGGACGGUCGAUGGAACAUCGGCUGGUACAGUCCAAACGGCCGCUGGUUUGACUUUCCUUGCUGUCAACAAUGCCGGACACUUGGUGCCAAUGGAUCAGCCAAAGAACUCACUCGACAUGCUGGAUCGAUUCCUCACUAAGCAGCCCUUCUAAUCCUUGAAUGAACUCGUCGGCAGUGAUUGCUUCAUUUUUGAUUUCAACGUCACUUGUAUUUUGCCUUUGUUGUUCAAGCAAUUAGUGGACGUGGUUUUCUUUGUAGUUGUGUUAUGUGUCUUUUUGUCUCUGUUAUGGUGUUAGUCUCACAUAAUCAUUUUUAUAUCUAUUAGUGAAUGGAUCUGAGAGACCGGG